GAGGAGAGGAAGGAGGAGCGAGCAAGGGGAACAGACUGGCUGAGGCUCGCAGCUCUCAGUCUCUCCUCAGUGCUUCGUAAAAGCAGCUUCUCUCUGCUUUUCCUCUCUCCCUCGCACACACCGGCUUUUCUACUCUUUUUCGCCUGAGCUGACAAGAGCAAACGCAGCGGCAGAGGGGCUCACUCGCUCCAACUCCUCCCGCACCAUGUUGCCCUGGAGAAGGAAUAAGUUUGUUCUGGUGGAAGAUGAAACCAAGAGUAAACCCAAGAGCCUGGGGACAGGGCUGACCUACCACUCCAUCCUCUCCUCUUUGCUGCGCUCCUGUCCUGACUUGCUGCCCGACUGCCCCUUCGAUUGGAUGGGCAGCAUCUUCCACACCAAAAGGCAAAAGGUGGAACUGAACAAAGAGGAGCCUGUUUACAAUGUACGCUACCUGGGGAGUGUGGUCACCAUCACGGCUAAGGGAGACGGCUGCACCCAGGAGGCAGUUGCCAAGAUCUGGGCAAGGAGCAACUAUGGGGAACAGAGUGUUAAGAUGAGGUUAACAGUGGGGCCGCAAGGCAUCCGGAUGAGUGCUGACAAAUCUGGGAAAAAGAAACCCCUUCAUCUUUACUCCCUGAACAGAAUCACCUACUGCACCGCUGACCCCUGCCGACCCAAGAUCCUGGCCUGGAUAUACAGACACCAAGUCAAGAACAUGGCAGUGGUGCUUCGGUGUCAUGCUGUUCUGGUCAGCAAGUCGGAGAAGGCCCUGGCCAUCGCCCACAGCCUCUACCAGAACGCCACCUCCGCCUUCAGCGAGUUCAAACGGCUGAAGCGUCAGAGUGAUUUCCGGCACUGCCAGCAGCAGCUGCUGGGUGAGGAAGCGGUGCCCCUGAUGCCACUGAGGAGGCUGCUGAAUGGGCAGUGCCACUACAGACCGCCUGCCGACAACCCUGGGAGCGCCACCCGCCUCUGCUCCAUCACAGAGGAAGAAGAGGAGGAGGAGGAGGACAGCAAAGAUGAGAAGCAGGAGGCGGGGGAAUCAGGGGAGGGUGUAGAAGAGCAGCAGGAGAAACAGAAGGUUUUAACAACAAACACAGACCCAACUCAGUUAUUAUCAGAGUUGGACAUUGGAGAUAUUGCCAGACUGGAGCAGUGCCAAAUUAACUUUGUCAGUGACAGCAACAACAACACGUUUACGUUUAUAACCUCUCUAGUGUGACUAUAACGUAGUUUAUAGAAGGCGAUUCUGCAACACUAAAGUAACACAUUCCUCUCUUUGCCCUUCACCGGUACCCCACUCAGGCUCCCUCCUGUGCCCCGUCCAUGUAAUGUGAAGUGUUUACCAGAAACUCCCACUACCAGGUGGUGGAGAAAAGGCAGACGAUCGUUCUGUGGGAGUAAUAUCUAUUCUGGCCAGAUGGCUCAGAUGCUGGUUUGACUGUAGCAGUUUGGAAAACUGUUUACAAAGAGGGCUGGUGAUGCACAGACUUACGAUAGCACAAUGACGAACGAGGACAGUGGCUUUUAAGAAAACACGAGAGCGCUGAUGCUGAGAUCACUGACACGCAGGUCACAUAUUGAUCACAGCACCAAGCAGGAUGUGUUUAUUAGUCCUCUAUCUCUUAUUUUUGUGAGUAUAAACAAGGCUGUGUUUGCCAGCAGGGACGACUUGUAAUAUUUUUUCAGGGAGGUUCUUUGUAAAUUUGUGUAAUUUUUCUAACAUGACAAUCCUCACCUUUGUUGUUCACAGACUGACCUUUCGGAGCGCUCACAAUCGCAGGAUGAAGUUUAUUACAAUUUUACUAAUGAUCAUGGCAGAUUAAUGAAUAAGGCUAUAAUUUAGGAAGCAAGCCAUUGAGUCGACAUGUUUAUUGCUGCCAUUUUUUACAGUCCUUAUCAUUUAUGCAUGACAUGUCAGCAGUAACCUUUUCGUGGUGAGCUUUUGUCUUUUCUCAUGUGACAUCUUUGAUCCCUCGGCUUUUAAAACGAACACUGUGAUAAAUGUGUGAGCAGGGACGAAACACACAACUGUUCAUGCAGCAAUUUCUGGUUUAUGUGAUGCAUUUUUUUGUAGUUGUAUCUAUUGCAGUGUCACCUGGUUCGCCAAGACAACAACAAAAACAAGAACAAAUCAAUUUGCCAUUGCUGUGCUCUUUUUAGCCAAGUUUUGCUAAUGCAGUUUUUCCAUGAGCCCUUGCAAAAAUGCAGAUGGACACUUACAAUUUAACACAAACUGUUUUGAAUAUGACUUUAGCUAAUCUCCUGUUGGUAAUAUAAUCUGUCCUACUGUCUAAAGAUGCAUUGUGAUUAUUAUGAGAUGAAGCUAUUUAUUUUCCAAAUAUGUUGAAUAAAAAUUACCCUCA